AUGUCACUCUAUAAAGACUCGCUGUGUGAGGACAGAACUCUCAGAAUCACAGAAGGAGAACUUCGCAGACAUGACAAAGUUACUUCAAUUGGAGAAGCUGAUCAGGCAAUCACGUUUGACAGUCGCCAAAAUAGCCUAUUUUCAGACGUAGACUUCUAUGGUCUGUUUUCAUACACAGAGAAUGACUCGUUGUCUACGUUCCUGGUGGAUGAUCUGGUGCGAGAAGACCACUUCGCGCCAUCUGUUUCUGCGAGCGUGGAGUCUUAUACAGGAUUGCCCUGCACGCAUCUGCCUCCCGCUCAAUCAUCUCAAGAUGGCAUUCAAACAGCACCUAAAUUAGCGUCAACUCCUUUUAUGGGAUUAGAAUCUGUGAAUAUCCUUCAAAAGCUUGUCAACAUUCAGUUGCGCCUGACAAAUUUGGUUCAAUCACUAUCGACUAGCUCAAACAUCCCCGAAAAUAUUGAGGAUGUUUAUCGCAUCAUUGAAGCGUUGACUUGCGUCUUGGACGAGCUUAAUGGCGGGGACUCGGUAUGUCGACAGCGACCAUCAUCGCCUUCGAAUGGAGCAGCCGUUCUGCUUUUCUCUAGUUGCUAUUAUAGCCUAAUAGAAGCAUGUGGGCACUUUGUUCACAUGCUACAGCUAGAUUUACAAGGAUCACGAAAGUCCAGUGCUUCAUGUGAUAAUCUGUCCAGCCCUAUAUGGUGUACAGGUCCACAAUCUGAUAAUCCGGAAAGUGCAUUGUCCAUUAGCGUUGGAGCGUUUCGACUAGCAAUGCCUAGAAGAGCCCUGGCUGAAAUCAACUUGCACCUGGUCAAGCAGACCCUGCAAAACUUGCGAAGUUCUAUGCAACGGUCUGGCUAUAAUAGCUUUACUGGGCUGCGGCCAAUUUCACGAGCCAGAACCCCGGUGAGUAUCGAGGAGAAUGGGGACUUGCCACAUACGGACUCAGUCAACUCGAAUUCACUGGCUGGUCUAGUGGAAACAGCUCUUUACGAUCUAAAACAAAGAGAGAAAGAGCUCUUCGAUGUACUCGAAAUGGCGAGCAGAAGUGACGAAUAG